CAGAAGGACAUAAGUGGCAGUGAGGACCAGUCUCUGCUGACGAGCCCACACUCCAUCACCUGCUCUGCAUCAUGAAGGUCCCUCCAGCUGCCCUUGCUGUCCUCCUCUGCACUAUGGCUCUCUGGAGUGAAGUCUUCUCAGCACCAUAUGGUGCUGACACCCCAGUCUCCUGCUGCUUCUCCUAUGGCCGGCAGAUUCCCCGCAAAUUUGUCGCUGACUAUUUUGAGACCAGCAGCCAGUGCUCUGAGCCAGGUGUCAUUUUCCUAACCAAGAGAAACCGGCAGGUCUGCGCUGACCCCAAUGAAACCUGGGUCCAAGAAUACAUCACUGACCUGGAGCUGAAGGCCUGAGAGGCUUGGAGGCAGCGAGGAACCCAGAAACCUCCAUGGGCCUUGUGGGGAGCCAGGACCUAAGCCUCGGGAACAUCCCCACCACCUCUACAGCUCCAUUUCCUGCAAGCUGU